AAGGCAAUCCUCUCUCCCUCUCCCCCCCGAAGGAGAAGGAGAAAUCACAACAAACCAAGAAGGCUACCAAUCCCUCUCACACCGCUCGCUCUCGGUAAACCACCGAAACAGCAUCGAUUACAUCAAUCGAUUCCAGCCAGAAAUCGAUUCUAUCACUCUCCAAUUUUGACAUCCCCAUGAAUUCGAACGCGUGCCCGCCCGCCCAAUCGCCCCUCCUCGGCCACGGCGCCGUCCAGAAGCGGCUGCUCGACCGCCCCGACCGCCCCCGUCCCGACGAAGACUUCGCCGGCCCCCUGGGGCUCCACAACGACGAGAACCGCGCCGUCUACGCCGACAGGCGGCGCCGCUUCCUCGACGCCUCCAAGCGCUACGAGAAACUCAACUGGGAGACGUGGACCUGCUCCAAGGCGCGCCUGCACAACGACUACGUCGCCGCCUUGGACCUCGACUUCCUCGGCGAUGCUACCGACGAGACGAAUUCGACGAUCGCCAGCAACGAGGAGUACACGGGGAAGUUGCUGAAAAAACGCACGGAGAGGCGGGUAAACGAGAUUCCCAAGGAGAAUUCGGCCGUUUGCAACUUGGACACUUGGUUCAGGAAGUACUUGAUAGUUAACAGGUUGAUAGCCGUGGCUCGUUCGGUGGUGCUGCGCAACAGGCUUUUGGGGAACUUGGAGAAAUUGAGGAAACUGACGCCGGAGGCGCUGGAGUGUUUCGAGCGGGAUUCCAAGGCGUACUACGGUUGCUACGAAGAGAUUUUCGCCAGGUUCGUUUGAGCUGGUUUUAAUGUAAUCGAACAU